GUGGUUUAUCUGCCUGCCAAUCAGUCGAGGCUGCCCCAGGCGUGCAGUAGCUGGGAAACAUAAUCAUUUGCCGUGGAGUGAUCUGACGGAGGGAGAGGGAGUAUGUGCGCGCGCGUGCGUGCGAGCGUGAGUGAGUGAGUGAGUGAGAGUGUGUGAGUGAGUGCGUGCGUGUGUGUGUUUGCUGGAGCUGGACUGUCGCCGCACUGAACAGCACGCGUGCGAAUUUUUGCAUGUCAGGAGCGGAUGAGGAUCCUGUCGCCGGUCAUCGGCCGCUGCCCAUCUUUCGUCUCUCUCUCCGCUUGUUCCUAAUUAAUCAGAGGCAUGUGGAAUUGUGCGAGGAUUUCCAACAGGCUCUGCGUAGCGUUCCUGCUGCUGUUCACGACGUGCACCGAGGUGUCCUGGGCUUCGGGCUAUUUCGAGCUGCAGCUGAUGAGUGUGGAGAACGUGAACGGGGAGCUGUGGGACGGUGAAUGCUGCGACGGCGCGCGCAACACGCGGGACCAGCGGUGCACACGCGACGAGUGCGACACGUACUUUAAAGUGUGUUUAAAGGAGUAUCAGAGCGAGGUGACCACCACCGGCCAAUGCAACUUCGGCAGCGGAUCUACCGGCGUGUUGGGUGGAAAUAUAUUCUCUUUUAAAAACACUAAGAGCAACAGCAACAAGAUCAGCGACGCCGGGAAGAUCGUCAUCCCGUUCCAGUUUGCGUGGCCGCGAUCCUACACACUCAUUCUGGAGGCCUGGGACUGGGACAAUAUCACUCAAAACAGUGAGGAGCUGCUGAUCGAACGUCAUGCUCACACAGGCAUGGCAAACCCUGGGGACCCAUGGCAGGUCAUCGUCUAUCCUGGGACCACAGCCCGUCUGGAGUACCGCGUCCGCAUAAAGUGCGACGAGAACUACUACGGCAUCAAGUGCAACAAGCAGUGCCGGCCACGUGACGACUACUUCGGUCAUUACCGCUGUGAUCCUUCUGGAAACAUUGUUUGUCUUGAAGGGUGGAUGGGACAUGACUGUCGAACUGCAAUCUGUAAGCAGGGCUGUAAUCUGAUUCACGGAGGCUGCUCGGUGCCCGGGGAAUGCACGUGUAACUACGGCUGGCAGGGUCCAUUCUGUGACGAAUGUCUGCCCUACCCCGGAUGCGUGCAUGGGACUUGUGAUAUCCCAUGGCACUGUAACUGUGAGAAGAACUGGGGGGGACUGCUGUGUGAUAAAGAUCUGAACUACUGUGGGACACACCAUCCCUGCGUUAAUGGGGGCACUUGCAUAAACUCAGAGCCAAAUGAGUACAACUGUGCCUGUCCUGAAGGAUACUCAGGCAAGAACUGUGAGAUCGCUGAGCAUGCCUGCGUGUCAAACCCAUGUGCCAACGGUGGCACCUGCCAUGAGGUUUCAUCUGGCUUUGAGUGUCAGUGUCCUCCAGGCUGGGAGGGUCCUACUUGUGCUAAAGACAUGGACGAGUGUGCCUCCAGUCCCUGUGCUCAGGGAGGAACGUGUAUCGAUCUGGAUAACAGCUUUGAGUGUGUCUGUCCUCCGCAAUGGGCUGGGAAGACCUGUAAGAUAGACGUGAAUGAAUGUGUGGGGAAUCCUUGCAAAAAUGCUUACUCUUGCAAAAAUUUGAUUGGUGGAUAUCACUGUGACUGCUUUCAAGGAUGGGCUGGACAGAACUGUGACAUCAAUGUAAAUGGAUGCCAUGGACAAUGCCAGAAUGGCGCAACCUGCAAGGAAGGAGCACUGGGAGGAUAUCACUGCCAGUGUCCACCAGGCUUUGUAGGCACGCAUUGUGAGAUCCAAAGGAACAAAUGUGCCAGCAACCCCUGUCAGAAUGGUGGUCGCUGUCACGUGGUGCUGGAUAGCUUUGUGUGCGAAUGCAUGCCUGACUUUGCUGGGAUGCUGUGUGAGGUGCAAAGCCGUUGGAACCCGAACCUUUGUGAGCCUAACCCAUGUAAGAAUGAAGCAGCCUGCCACAGUAUGCUGGGAGAUUUUUACUGUGCAUGCACUGAGGACUAUGAGGGAAAGACCUGUGCAGAUCGCAAGGAUCACUGCAGGACUGCCCCCUGCCAGGUUAUUGACAGCUGCACAAUCACUGUAGCAAGCAACACAUCAGUCGGUGGCGUGAGACGCAUCUCGUCCAAUGUAUGUGGAUCUCAUGGCCACUGCGUCAGUCAGCCCAGCGGCAACUUCACCUGUACCUGCGAUCCUGGCUUUACUGGCACUUAUUGUCAUGAAAAUGUGAAUGACUGUGUGAGUAGUCCAUGUCGCAAUGGUGGGACUUGCAUUGAUGGUGUCAACUCUUUCCAGUGCUUUUGUCCUGAUGGCUGGGAGGGCAAACUAUGUGACCUCAACGUGAACGAGUGCAGCAGGAACCCAUGUAAGAAUGGUGGCCACUGCCAAGACCUGGUCAAUGAUUUCUAUUGCGAGUGUGCUGAUGGCUGGAAGGGUAAGACAUGCCACUCACGUGAGAGCCAGUGUGACUCCAGUACUUGUGCCAAUGGGGGCACCUGCUAUGACCAUGGAGACACAUUCCGCUGCGCUUGCCUGCCUGGCUGGGGUGGACACACGUGCAACACUGCAAAGAACAGCACAUGUGCCUCUAGUCCAUGUGUUAACGGGGGGACGUGUGUUGGAGGUGGCGACACGUUUACCUGCAUCUGUAAGGACGGCUGGGAAGGACCUACCUGUUCUCAAAACACCAAUGACUGCAACCCUCACCCUUGCUAUAACGGAGGAAUCUGUGUGGACGGUGUAAACUGGUUUCGCUGUGAGUGCGCCCCAGGCUUCGCCGGACCUGACUGCCGCAUCAACAUUGACGAAUGCCAGUCGUCACCCUGUGCGUAUGGAGCUACGUGUGUGGAUGAGAUCAAUGGCUUCCGCUGCAUAUGUCCUCUCGGGCGCUCUGGACCACGAUGCCAAGAGUUUAUCGGCAUUGGGAAGACAUGUCAUUAUACCGGGCUGCAGUUCCCUCAUGGCAGCCGCUGGGAGGAAGAUUGCAACACCUGCCAGUGUAUUAAUGGCAAAGUAGAGUGUACAAAGGUGGUGUGUGGCAGACGUCCAUGCCUACUGCCAGGAGCCCCUGGGAGAGAGCAUCACACCUGUCCAGCAGGUCGCGAGUGCCUAGAGCACGGCUUUCUCACUUGCCUCUCUCCCCCAUGUCACCACUCGGGCUUCUGCUCAAGUCCUGACACCCCACCAGCAUUUCACACCAAGUGUGAACCAAACACCGGCUACCUGGGCAACAGCUGUGCCCGAAUUACACUCAUAUUCAACCGGGACAAGCUACCCUCAGGUACAACAGUAGAGAAUGUAUGCUCAGAGUUGAGGUACCUGCCUGCUACACGGGCCCUUGCCAAAGACGAUGCCCUAUUGGUUCUUUGUGAACUUUCCUACUCCAACCAGGAUGCAGUAGAGGUGGCCAUGUCCUUCCAGCAGGAUGAGCAGCCUGACCACAGCCGGAUCCAGGAGGCAGCCAGUACCAUCGUCAGCACACUGUCCAAGCGCCACAACAGCACCAUCAUGCUGGCUGUCAUCGAGGUCAAAGUGGAGACGAGGGUUGUGCCUCAGUCUGUGGAUUACCUAGUGCCUGUGCUGUGUGUGGUCUUUUGUGCUCUCUGGGUGUUCUGCGUUAUCGUGUGCGUGUGGUGGACACGUAAGAGACGUAAAGAGCGUGAGAGGCAUGAGCGUGCACCUGUGGAGGAGAGCGUCAACAACCAGUGGGAGCCACUGCGACCAGUGAACCGGCAGCAGCACAAGGACAACCGCGAUGCUGAAUACGAGCGCGCCAAGCUAAUGGGAGACACCGAGCGGGUGUGCAAAGGCAGUGAAGAAGACCAGCUAGAGGAAGAAGAAGUGGAGGAAGAGGAACUAGAGCUGUGUGAGGAGUGGUGUGGGACAGAGGGUGGCAAGAGGCCCAUCCAAAAAUACUCGAAAGCAGCGGUGCAUCUGAACAGCGAGCUGAUCUGCACCACACGCAGCAGCAAUGCACCCCUCAAAGCACCUCACCGGACAGCCCACAGCCACAAAGACAACCGCUGGAAAAGCACUGGCCAAGACCCCAAAGAGCUGUAUGUAUAGAUGUUAUUGCACAGACCCGGGCAUAGAGAGAGGCUCUUUUUCCGACAAAGAAAACAUCAGACUGUUGAGUUAGAGAGAGAGAGAUGGAGAACUUUGUUUAUUUUCUCCCUUCAUUUUCACCUUCUUUAUAUUUAUAAGUGCUGAGAUAUUUUGAGUCAGAGAUUUUUUUCCUUUUGAAAUAUUUUUUAUUUCUAAUGUACAGAUGAAGUGAAUUUGUUUUACUUUAUAAAAAAAAAGUGCUGGAAUGGCCCCCUUUUUUUUUUUUUUUCAAAAUGUACUGCUGAAAGAAAUUACGCAGGAAAUCAAGGAUAAAUAUAAAAAUGUAAAGACACUUUCGUUGCUGUUUACAGAUUAUUCUGGUUUUGUUCUAUUGUGAGUGGCCUGUAUUUUGGAUGAGUCUGCCAGCGAAGUGCACUGGCCGUGUGGACAGAAGUAAGAACUUCUCGUGAUUUAUUUUCUCCUUCAUUCAUCUCAUCACCUCUCCUCACUCCAUGCUUGCCUUACUCAGCUCGCAGGUCUUGUGCCUGCGAAGUGGCCUUGUUUUUGUUUUUUUUUCUCUUGUGUCUGUUGUCUUGGCUGAACACUCCUUAAAUGAAAAAGGAUUGCAGUAUUUUGAGUUGGUAGCAAGUGCCUUCUGACAAGCCUGUUGCAUCUCUCGCUGCCGAGGUCAACCCCAAUAGAUCACAAGGGGAGCUCGUUUCCCCAUUUUGUACCACCGAGGUAUUUGAUCAAAGAAAGAAAGAAAUGUGUAUAUAUUUGUACAUAGUAAAGGAGUCGCUGUGUAUAUUUGAAUUUAGUAAAUUAAGACAAGUCACACUUUUUUUAUUACUAUUAUAAUUAUGAUUGAAAUUAUUAUUAUUAUUAUUAAUAUUAUGAUUUUUUUUUUUUUUUUUUACAAUGCCAUUCCUUUUAUUUAUGCCAGUUGACAUAGGCAGGUUUUAUACAAGUAUACAGCAUCCCACAGUCAGAACAGUAAUGUAAUCAAAGUUCACUUUUUUAUGUUGUUGAUUUGUUUUCACACUGACACAAGAAAUUCUUUACAUUUAGGUGGUAUAUCGUGGCGUGUUUUUUGCUUCCGGAAAAAAAAAAUCCUCUGUGCCCCUUUCAGCAUCUGCCCUUCCUUGCUGUCCUAGAAUUCUGGAAACUUGCAGAAAUACCUGAUAUGUGUCGAGGCCAAUGGGCCAAACGUGCCUCGGUUACGGCACUGUCUCUCUUUCUACGAUGUGAAACUGUGUUCUUGCUCCAUCUGCUUGCUCCUGCUUGGUUUUUUUUUGUUUUUGUUUGUUUUUUCCAAUGAAGGGAACAAAUUUUGUUGUAAAGCAAUUUGUGUUUGAGGUACCAACUCCAAACAAAAAAUGGAUUACCUCAGAAGUGGCUGGUUUAUUUUUUUUUUUCUUCUCCCCUUUCAUUUUCAUGUUGAAUAAUACUCUUUUGGGUGGCUUCUUGCUGCCAAGGAUUCAAAAUAAAAGAAUUGAAAUAUUAUGCUGAAUUAAGCUGGUAAAAUAAGACACUCACAGAAAAACUGGAUGUGCAUUAUGGGACGGAAUGGGUCGGGGUCUGACGAAGAUUGGAAAACAAAAAAAUGUAUUUUUUUUUUUUUUUUUGUACAGAAGAAUUGCUCUGCAAAUGUUUUGGUUCAUUUAGUCAAAUUUAUGUUUGUUCUUAGAAAUAAAUCAAACUAUUUAUUAAAGCAUUUUAUAACAAUAUGCUCAAGAAAACCAAAGUGUUCUGGUAUUUAGUGUGACAUUUUCACUCCACAUCCAUUAACUCACUUAUGAGGAGGAGAGGGAAUCCUUUUUAAUGUUCAUUUUCAUAGCUCUUCUCUGUGAAUUUUUAGUUUCUACCUUUUGUUAAGGUUAGUUGUGUUGGAACAAAAUAAUAAAACUGUGGGCUGAGUUUUAUAAUAAAUCAACCAUAUAAAUAGCCCUACUUGCCCUUGCUGCAGUCAGAGGUGAGCAGCAAGACGAUCAAUACAGGAACUGUCUUCUUCUUCCAGUCAGGACGGCCCUGAGAGGAUACAACCAAUAGUAACCGCUCUCCUGUUCUCGGCUGACUACGCGUAGACCAAUGAGCUCUUCUGCUUUCUUGUGGCUUCAUCCAUUCUGAAUGUUUCAUGAGGAUGUGUAUGAUGAUGCUGAGAGUUUGUUAUGGUUUUGUCUCAUGAGCUGCCACUAAUGGGAUGCUUCACUGGUGGAAUAAUGGGGUCAGGUUUCACAUCUAGGAGGGGAGGGUUAAAGCUGCGUAGGUGAUUCUAAUACUGUAAUUUGCUUCACUUAUGGUAGUACAUCUAAACGAAGAGCUGGGGGAGUUAAUAUAGAAUACAGCAGGGUAAUAACAUCAGUGAACAGACAUCAGAUGAAUUGGUGUACUAGAAUAUGGGACAGUUAUGAGUGUUAUGGGCUUGUGUGAAGCAUAUAAUAAGCAGACAGCAUCAUUUUCAAUGCCCUGCAGAAUAAUUUGCACAUUCUCAUAAAUAUACGUUUCAAAAAAUAUGUAGCUUUUGGAGACCGUAGGAGAAAGUAUCACAAAAAUAGGUUCUAUAAAAUUGUAAAUUCUCUCAAACGUAUAUGAUGCCCCUGAGGAAUAUUUAAUAUACAUGCAAACAAAUAAAAAGUUUAUUUUAUUUUUGAAUUUUUUUUUUGUUUUUUAUUUGUAGUUCAGUCAGCAGGAACUCUUAACCAUGUUUUGUUUCCCUGGGGUGUAAAUAUGAGUUUUCACACAAGUAUAAUAGUGAAAUCCCUUUGGCAUUCAUUACUGUAUGGGGGGGGAAAAACAAAGAAUUUUCAACACAAAAUGGAUGGUGGUUGUUGACCUGCACAAGCCAGGUAAAGAGUUUUUUUUUUAAAUACAGUACAUAAGCAGUUCAAAAUACAUUUAAGCACAGUUAUGGGGAUAAAAAAAUAUCUAAAAGGGUUGAGAAUUUGUUACUUAACCUUAUCCUUGAGCAUAAUUAUUUAUAAAUUAAAGUUUUAAAAUGUCUUGAAUCUUGAUUCUUUGAAACUCUUGUUUCAGAAGUUUUCAAAAUAACUUUUACUAUAUUUAGAACGGCAAAAAAAGAAGGCAUUCAGGGGAAUCUGAAAUUCCCCAAGUGUCAUUAGAACUAGAAUUGGCCUAGUGUCUUCUGGUCAAGACCAAAAUCAACCUUUUUGCUCAUUCACAGCAUGUCUGGUAACAGACAAGAGCAGUAUAAUUGGUGAUGAUUUAUCUUUGGACUGUUUUAUGACGGGUAAUUCAGUGGCUCUAGACUGAUAGAUUCUACAGGGUUCCCUCUUCUAGACCUAGUUUUAGAUAACACUUUCCAUAAGCACACAUUUCCAAGCACACAUUUUAAAUAAUUGAAACUAACAUUUAAAUAUAUUUAAAUAAUUGUUAAAACACCAAAAUCAUUCUUUUAAAAUCCUACUGAAAACCUACAAAUAUAAAGAACCUGUAAUGUAAAGAAGCUCAAAAUGCAUGGAGUCGUCCCUCAAAUUCCAUGUACAAGUGUCUUCUGUCUUAUUUAGACAUUACACUUAGGAUUGUACUCAGUGCUGUCAUUCUCUCUAGGGCAAAACUGGACCAUUUAAACAAAUCAUUUUUUUUGUGUGUGUGUUUGGAAAAAGGAAAACGUGUUUAAAUAAAACUAUACAAAGCCCAUGUAUGUUUAAGCUUAAAAUAUCACUUAUUGUAUGUGUUAUUCUUUUAAUAAAAUCAUUUCUCUCA